AUGCUGAGCUCUUAUCUGGACGCAAACUCACACAUGUCUGCAGAUGCAGGCCGUAACAGCCAGCACACAAGGAAAAGACACCGCAUACGUCACCGCAAAUCUCGCCUGGGCUGUUUCUCCUGCAAGUCGCGACGAGUCAAAUGCGAUGAAGUUCGUCCUGUCUGUGGUUCCUGCUCUUCGCGCGAAGAGCAAUGUGUCUUUCCUGAUACACCAGCAGCUUCCCCCAAACCGAUCGGAUCCUCUCGAGAGCGGCGAUAUCCGCUGCGUCCUCGGAGUAUCAGCAGUCCGCAACCCGUUCCAUCUUACCUAGAGGCAUGGGAGUCGCAAACGACGCGGCGGUCCGGUGUCUCCGCACCACAGGACGGUGAUCUGCGCAUGGAUGACCUUCUGUCUAUGCAGUUCUUCCAUAUGCAUACUGCUCAGGAGAUGUCUCUCCACGCCAAACGUAGCACUGUCUGGCGGCGGGUGAUUCCCUGCCUCGCCGGUAAGCACCAUUAUCUCAUGCACUUACUCCUCGCCUUGGGUGGCAUUCACUUGGUCACCCAUCGAUUGAGGCGAGGACCUGGUGAGGACCACCCCUCGGGUAAGAUAGAGCUGCAGUCUGUAAUGAAUCACUAUCAGAAAGGCCUGCAGGACUUCAGAAAAGAGGUGGCCGUCCUGUCCAACGCAAAUGCCGAAGCUGUUUGCGCUGGCUCCCUACUCCUUGUCGGCUUUGUCUAUGCAUCCCUCCAGGUGCCUGAGCUGCAUCCGGCCUCUUGGACGAGUGAAUCCGCUUCUCCUCCAGACAUGUCGACUGUUCUGCCACCAAUUAACCGACCCGAGGUGAACUGGCUGCACCUAGUCCGCGGGGUGUCGACAGUGAUACAAGGUCAUUGGCCUGCUUUGAAAGCCAGCUGCUUGCGCCCGAUGGUAUUGCACUUCCAUGGCGAUGAAUUCUGGAAGGACGUUCCUUUCGAUUCAUCCUUGCCCGAUCUCAGCCACUGCUCUCCUCAAUUGCAGCUCUUCGCCCAGGGCGCUUUUCAAGCGGUCACGGAUAUGAAAGCCUUCCACGCCACCCUUCUGUCUACCGAUAGUAACGAGCUUCAUUUAACGCCCGACUCCUCUCCAAGCAUACCGGAGUGGGGAGUGGAUGGACCGUCAAGGGCCAUAGACGUUCUAGAAGGUAUCUAUUCACGCGUUAUCUCUGUGUUCCAAUGUACGGCCAACGAGCUGGGACUUCCGGACGAUGCCGAGAUUCAAUACAACCUGGAGGAGGCUGCAGUGCUAGGUUGGCCUAACCUGGUUCCUGAUGUCUUUAUUGGCAUACUGGAGGUCGACGGAGCAGCAGGCCACGCCUGGGGGGUUUCUCUGGCUAUAUUGGCCCAUUUCUAUGUCGUCAACACACUGGUAAACCGCUGGUACUUGGGCGCUUUCAAGGAGGAGAUAUUGAAGAUCCAGAGAUCUGUCUCUAGCUUACACAUCGCUGAGCUGGACCGGCUUUUGAUAUGGCCGGUGGCGGUUGCUACCUCUUAA